AUGGCUGAACCCUCCGUAAUGCAGCCCAAGGGCGACAACAAGAAGCGAAAGUCAUCGACGGCAGAAGUAGUCGAGUUCGCAAGCUCGAGCGCAAGUGUCAACGGCCCGACGACCCCUCUACCCCCCUCGCACGAAGCCCUCCUCGCGGACCUCAGAUCGAAAUACGACGUCCUCCCCGCCUUCACCAUCUCCUCGACAAAGAUCCAAAAGCGCGUAACCUGGCUGUUGCAGCACCUGCGCAAAGACGACGGCGAUCCGAGGAAGCGCGCCGUGCUCGUCUACGCGCGGCCGGGGGAGGUCGCCAAGAUGAUUUCGAUUGUGGAAACUGUGAAGCGCAUCGUGGCGGCGGCGGCGGCGGAGAAGAGCGUGGAUGAGAAGGAGGAAGAGAGCGGCAAGUGGUAUCAAUACAACCUCAUGUACGAGCUGCCGCCAAAACCUGACGUCGUGGAAGAGACGGUUCUGGGCGGCGGAACACGGGAUGGUUCGGACGAGGAAGACGAUUUCGAGUUCAUGGGAAGCCGCUUCGAGAGAGCCGUGCUGCCGCAGCCUGUCAAGCGCGCGGCCAAGUCGCUGAGCAUCUUCCUUUCGUUGGCGCCCAUGCCGGAACUCAAGGCUCGAGACGGGAUCACGACGCAGACGAACGCGGCGCCGGGCGCAAAGGCGAGCUCGACGGCGCUCUGAAGUUAAGAACUUGCGACGGGGGUCGCUUGAGGACGGAGGAGUUGGAUCCGAAGGCAGAAGCAGAAAGAGAAAAUAAACAAGAGGCUCUCGAGGAAGGGAGUUGCGAGAUGUCGCUGGUAACGCAACCAACAACGAUACGGCGGGGCUUUUCAGUACAUUGCAUCAAGAGGCGUUCAUAGGAAAGGGUGGGCUACCAUUUGAUACCCAAAACGGGCGGGGCAAGGUCGAUAUCAAAAGCUUUCGACAUGGGAUGAAUAGACAGCAUCGGGAAGAGUCUUAGAACCAACAAGGCACCCAGUUCUCCAUAUGCUCAGAACAUGCAUGUGAAACGUAUCCAUCUGGUGAUGACAUAUUAGUGAAAAACUUCCGUAGAAAGUGCGCAGCGUAGAUGUGUUUUCGGUAUGUUUCCG